CCUCACCACCAUCAGUCGAUCCGCAGCGCGCACCACUACUUCGUUCACGUCCGCGAGUCACAUUGCUGGUUUCGUUUUUUUUUCUAAAUAGUAUAUUUUAUUUUUUCUAAUCGCAAUUCAAUAUCGUCCGUCGAUUCGAUAGUUCGACUGUGUUCCACUCUUGUUCGUUUCUCACGUCUCCGCUCAGGUCACGAGGAGAAGAAAAUCAAGAUACGCGUACAAACUUUUCGUUGAUAUCACGAUAUUAUUCAACACGUCAUCGUCGCAAAAACACGCGGACAUUUUCGAUCAGGCUGUGACUGCACCCCACAUCUACGUCGCACGUACAACAGCCCGUGCAAUCGGGCGAUGAAGUCAUGUUCUAGCGUUCGUCGACGAGCACCACGGCCAGCGCCAACGCAAGUGUCGACUGCACUGACACGCUUACAGAAAACGGUUACCGGCAUUAACAUCACGAUCGAGGAGUGUACGUUCCUUUGGCUAAACCAAACAUGUUCGGACUCGCGCACCAUCAUCAGUACGGCGCACCACCGCCGACAUCGGGCACUACGGUGCCGGCAGCUACGACUAUUGCGCAAACGUGGCACAACUCACCAGCGCCCGCCCAUCACCAGAGCGGUGCUCACCACCUGGUCACGGCCGUGGCCACCGCCACCACUCCAGCCGCCGAUUCGCCGGUCCACAACAAUAACAACAACAAUAACAAUAACAACAACAACAACAACAACAACAGCCAUAACGGCGGUAAUGUAGUCGGCGGACACCAGAAUGUCGCGAUCACGUCGUCUCCGUCGUCAGCCGCCACUCCGCCGUUCUACCAAAGCGCCGCCGCCGCCGCAGCCGCUGCAGCAAUGAUGUGGCCCAACCCGGCGGCCGCAGCGUUCCAGGCCCAUCACUACGACACGGGAAUGGAUUUGCAGUUCGGAGACGGCCGGGAAUGUGUUAAUUGUGGUGCCAUCUCUACGCCGCUGUGGCGCCGCGAUGGCACCGGACACUAUCUAUGCAACGCCUGCGGUCUGUACCACAAAAUGAACGGCAUGAACCGGCCACUGGUCAAGCCAGCCAAAAGAUUGGUCGCAUUCGAGACUGCAUCGAACAGACGCUUAGGACUGUCGUGCACAAACUGUGGCACUCGUAUGACCACACUGUGGAGAAGGAACAACGAUGGCGAGCCCGUGUGCAACGCCUGUGGACUGUAUUAUAAACUUCACGGCGUCAACAGGCCGCUGACGAUGAGAAAAGAUGGCAUUCAGACAAGAAAGAGAAAACCAAAAAAGCAACCUUCAUCUACGUCUUCUUCCUCCGCCGGCUCCAACGUGGAUAACAGACAGUCCUCGUCGACGGCCAUAGAUCUAUUAGUGAACAAACAUCAGGCGGUCGAGAUCAAACACGAGCACUAUGACGCUGCGGCUGCGGCUGCUGCGGCCGCGGAACACUUCCUCUUCCCCGGAUCGACUGGACCGGGCCAUCAUCAUCAUCAUCAUCAUCAUCAUCCACAACUCGGCAGUUUCAGUUUCCCGUUGCCCCAGGCUCCGGUGACCGCCCACAGCUACCAACACUUGUUGAAUGGUCACGUCAACAACAAACUCAUGGCGUCCUAGAAGACCACUCUGUCCUUCUCAUUCUCUCUCUUUCUAUAUAUAUAUAUAUAUAUAUAUCCUCUGUCCAGGAUACUCGCCUGCGGAUUUUGUACAUAAUAAUAAUAUAUAUUCUGUAUAUAAGUACGAAAUAUACAUUUUUUAAUGUAUUUCCUGAGCGUAAUAAUAACAAUACGUAUAUAAUAUGUAAAAAAUAAAAAAAAAAACGUUCAGAAAACGGCAAAAUCCCGCGAGCAUUUCCGACUUGUUAAAAUGUUUUACACCAGUGUUAUUAUAUGGAUUUACUUUUCGGACGUAAAUAUAAUGUCACGUUUUAUUCGUAAGAAAAAAAUUAUACGACGUCGUUCGCACGUGCGCUCAUUAUUCGUAGUACGGAAUAAUAUCCACCACUGCGUCUGUAUAAAUUUCAAAACGACCGCUAAUUGUCUUAGUUUAAAUAUUUUGUUUUCGAGCGAUCGCAUAUUAUAUUUAAACGUAAAUGCGCGACUCCAAGGCCUCGCUCCUAUACGAGUGCCGGAGACGCGUGCGUUGACGAUCGCCGUCUCGAAAUCACCUAGUCCCGCAUGAGCGUAAAUAUGUAAUAAACUAUUAUAUUAUAUAUUGUAUUGUAAUUUUCAGUAUCGUAUUUUUCAGACCGCACGUUUUUCUCUUGUCCCACGAGUUUCUAUGUAUUUAUCACGUCUGCUGUACAUUAUAUAUGAAUUUAUCGUUUUUUCGUAUCGUUAGCAUUCAUUUUAUUAACGAGCCUCCUUUUUAUAUCAUUUUAUUAUUAUUAAUUUUUUUUUUUUUUAUGGAAUCGCGAUUUUUCAUCGUGUGCCCCUGUAGAUUAUAACGAUAACGUAAUUGUUAAUAUUCACUAUUAAUUUAUACUCGUAAAUAUUAUUAUAUAGACUUGACUAAAUAAUGUAAAAAUAAAAAAUAAGACAACUAUUUUAUAAAUAAAACUAUAUUCAUACUGUAUAUAUUAGAUAUUUAUAAUAAAAAAACAUACUAUACGUACGAAUAUGAUACGAAUCGAUCGUGUUCUAUUUAAAAUCAAACAAUCGUAAUCAUUGUUAUAUGACUGUUAUGAUCAUGUCUAGGAAUUUUAUAUUGUCACCAACGCUGUAUAAAGGUCAUACAUAUGUAAUUAUACCUAUUGGAAACACGA